CGGCUGAACCAACACCCAGACCAUCUUCACCAUCCAGACCAUCUUCACCAUCUUCACCAUCUUCACCAUCCAGACCAUCUUCACCAUCUUCACCAUCUUCACCAUCUUCACCAUCUUCACCAUCUUCACCAUCUUCACCAUCUCUGCCUGCAGCCAUGAACCUGUCAGGUCCUCUGCUGUUGCUGCUUCUCACUGCCUGCACAGUCAGCGGUGAGGAUCAGAGCAAUGCCGUAUGGCAGUUCGGGAAGAUGAUCCGGUGUGUUCAGCCUGGUGUUAACCCUUUAAAGUACAAUAACUACGGCUGCUACUGCGGCCUCGGUGGGCAGGGAACUCCUGUGGAUGAACUGGACCAGUGCUGCAAAGUUCAUGAUGCCUGUUACGGACUACAAAUGAGUGAUCCUGAAUGCAAGGGUUUCUUUAAAAAGCCAUAUUUUAUUAUGUAUGAUUACACCUGUGCAAAAAAACAGCCGACCUGCUCAGCGUCCAACGACAGGUGCAAGGCUGCUGCAUGUGAGUGUGAUCGCAGGGCGGCUCUCUGCUUCGCUCGGGCCAAAUACAACCCUCGACACAAGCACCUGGACCAGACACGCUGUCAAAAAUGAGUUAACCAACGAAACACACAAGAGAGAACGUUGGAUUUAUCUUUAAAAAGUUUAAUUUCUUCAUGAUUUUUAAACAAAACCUGAUUGAAAAGAAGUUUGAUUCUAUAAAAACAUGUUUAACUUGAUCAAAAACAGGAAGUGAGAUUCUCUGUGUCCUCGUGUCUGCAGAGCUUCUGUAGCAGGUUACAGCUGAGCUGAUCUCACCAUCCAGUCACAGUCUCUUAUGAUGUUUACUGUCAGUUAAAGGAACAGUUCACUUAGAAAUACAAAUCCAGUCAACAUCUCCUCCCUCCAUGCUGAUGGAAAGUCGGGUGUAUCUGGGGACUAAAACUUAAGAAAAAAACAUCAUAAAAUUCUCUAAAACUACAUUCAAACUUUGCUGAAUUUGCUCUUAGCAUUUCCUGUUAGCAGUGAAUCUGUGGAUGUACAGACAACUGUCACUGAUCACUGUGAUACUGAAGACAACUUAAAAUAUUGCACAUAUGAGGAGCAUCAUUUCUUUGAGGUGUUGUAGUCCACAGAACAGUUCUGGAGCUUCACAGUAAAACAGAGUUGCAGUGUUCUGCUAAAGAACUGAAGCAGCUGAAACUUGAUUUAAAAUGUAAAAAACAACCAAAACAACAUGAAAUGACUGGAUUUUCAUUUGUGGGUGAACUGUUCCUUUAAAGAAUAAUCAAAAUCAUGUGUUGUGUGUUUGUGCAUCAUGUGUAACUACAAAUCUACAGACAGAUCUGUACCAAUCAGUUCAGCAUUCAAAUAAAAACAUUCACGUGUG